AUGCAGAUGCAGCGCUUGAUGUAUGCGCGUGUGUGCCAUAGGGCCUCCGUGAACAGCUCGGCGUUGUUGUCGUCAUCUCCCGUCGCGUCAGUGUCGGCGCUCUUCAUGAUAGCGCGCCACUUUGUCCAGGGUGGGCCGCCGGUGCCCAAGAAAGAUAUGGACAAGAAGCUCAAGCGCUACCUGAUCAGCCCCCACACAGAGGAGAUGGAGGCCAAGUACCAAAGCCGCCAACGCGAGUUGCACGAGUACUUUUCGACGCAUGAGCCAAACUGCCCGGAACCGCUGCCGGAAAACAGCUUCGUCAAGGGACAGUUUGGUAUGCGGAGGCGUUACUACGUUGACCACCGUGGAAAGAUCGACCCGCGCGCGCUUGGAAACGCCGUGGACGAAGGCACGAAUGCCAUGCGCAAGUGA